ACCGAAAAGUGAUCAUCUUGGGCCAUUGACGGCUGCAACAACAGACUAUGGCGUCUUGGCCCAAAAGGCCCGGUGUAAUAAAAGCAUACCAUCGCGCAAUUCGACCCCUCCAUGCAAUCUCCGACUCCGGCGAGCACGCAAGGCACUCUGGUGUAUGCCAGCGUCUGAAAUCUAGGGCUUCAAACUCCAUCUACGACAAACUAAGGCAUGACAAGUCAAGCCCAUAUGCACUCCUCGAGAUAACCUUGGCCAAAUUCCUCCCCGAUUCUGUCAAUCGGACACUUCCGAAAGCAUCGACAGGUGCUUGGCAGCUACCUGCUGGAUAUCACCUCGUCUUCUUCCCUCCGCCGACGGCGAACCUCCUCGCCGAUGGCACCGAUGACAUGCACUUCCCCGGCAAGCCGUGGGUACGGCGCAUGUGGGCCGGGGGGUCGAUAGAAUUCAGGACCGACGCUAGGCGCAGAUACCUCACCUCCAAACACCGCCAAGACGAUGCGCUGCGCUGCAACGAGCAGAUAACGGAUGCCGUGGUUAAAGGCAGCGUCGGGAAUGAGAAGGUCUGGGUUGAUAUUACGAGGGCUAUAGGUCCUACAAGAGCCUAUCGGAAACUCAACUUGUCUGCGGCGGAGGCUGUCGACAAGGCGGCUAUUAUUGAGAGCAGGAAUUUGGUCUUCAUGCCCGCAAAGACACCCGAGGAGGCGAUCGACGACGUUUCUAAGCCGACUCGAAUCAUAAAACCUACAAUCAAGCCCGACUUCAGUGUAUCCAUAGUCCCCGACGCUAACCUGCUGUUCCGCUUCUCAGCAUUAACUUUCAACGCGCACCGCAUCCAUCUAGACCGCGAGUACGCACGCACCGUAGAGGGAUUCCGGAACCUUGUCGUCCAUGGACCGCUUUCCAUCCUCCUGAUGCUGAAGGUGCUCAGUUCGCAGAUGAGGGGCUUGGAGACGGGGAUCCCGCAGAUGGUUAAGUGUAUCACUUAUAAGAAUUUGACGCCGCUUUUUGCGGACGAGAAGAUGACGAUCUGUGUCAGGCGUCAACCUCAGGCAAGUGCGGCUUCUACGGAAGUCGAUGCCACCGAAACACCGAUAGAGGCGGAUAGCAAACAAGCUACGGCGGACAGUGGGAUUACAAAGUGGGAUGUCUGGAUCGAGAAUGCAGAUGGAGGCUAUGCCGUUAAAGGCACCGCGGAAACGGUGACUGCUGGAUACGUCAGUCCUACGGAUCCGAAGCGGCUGGUCCGCCUCGUCAAGGGAUAGUGAGUCUUGGUAGUAGACCCUGAGUGAGAAAGCUUUAUAGCAUUAUAGUAAGUGACAAGGAGUCACAAGAGUAAAUUGGGUAUACCU